CAUUCUUCAGGUAAUCUAUUUAUCUAUAUAACGAUUAUGCAUGAUUUUAUCUUAAUGCACACUCUGUUCUGUAGUUCUGUGCUAGUGUCAGAUAGCUUAUUGCUAAUUCAUGUAAACACAGUCAAAUUCAUUUGUAUUAGCAGGUGCACCUGACAGACCCAGGGAGCAGCGCUGUUUUGCAUUUUCUGUAUGAAUCCUGUAACUCUUUCUGCCUCCAGGUUUUCCUGAGCCUUUCCUAAACCUUGCCCAAUGUAGGUCUUAAAGAGGACUUAUUUUACUUUGGAAAAUAAUUUAAUUUCUAUAUUAGUGUUUUUUGUUGCUCAAUUGAUGGUUAACAGAUGCUAAGGAAAUUUUAGUUUUACACAAAUAAGUUUAAACUAACGCUACCCAUCAAAAGUUUGGGUUUGGUAUGAUGAUUUUUGUGUGUGUGUGUUUCUGUAAGAAGUCCCCUCACCAAGGCUGAUUUAUUAAAUUACAAAAAGAUUGUGAAAUAUUACUAGAAUUUAAAAUAGCUGUUUUAGGUUUUAAUAUAUUUCAAAAUGUCACUUAAUUCCAGAUUUCUCCAGCAGCCAUUAUUCUAGUGUCACAUCGUCCUUCUGUUUUUGCUACUGUACCUUUAAGAAUUUAAUGUAAAUGCACUCUCUUUUGAUUUGCUAACCUCUUCAAGUUUGAAAUAGGUGACACUAAUGGGUUGCAGAUUUACUAUCUAGAUGCAGAGACAUCCUUUCCUAAUGUGCUUUGAAUGGUUACGCAGAGCCGUAGGUGCUACACACAGAUAAGAACAGCACAGUGUAGGUGAACAUUUGUGGAAUCAAGAAGGAUCAUAAAAUGAAAGAAUAAUUACAUUUGUAGAGUAAAUAUUUUUAGAGCUGGCUGGUGUAAUGUUUUUCUUCUAAUGCAAAAUAAAUACCCACACUCAUUGUCUCUAUGGAAAUGUCGCUGGCAUCAUGUGUUUUGUAUCAGCCUCUUGUGCCACGUCUCAGUCAAGCUUGGCUUAUGUGCUAUGACAAAUCAACAGCUUGUACUGCUGUCAAAACUACUCGAUGACUUCAGGGGCUUUUUCAGCACAUAACCUGCCAUCAGGCUAAUGAAGAGAGUCAGCUCUGGCGAUCCUCAAGAGGUAAAGAUCUAACAAAACACUGCUGUGCCUUUGGUGACAGGACAUGAUGGUGCUGGCAUCUGACAUUCUUUUCAAGAUUUGUCUUGGCCACUUACAACCGAAUUGGCUUUUUGUCCUGCUGUCUCAGGUGACCUCAGUUUCAUUUGGUUUUUAACAGUAUGCAAAUUGUCCAUUUUCUGUGCAGCAUAAGCAGAUGCUUCAUAGUUCUCCUUAGUUGGAUGUCAUGUGGUCCUCACUUAGUCUUGUGAUCUUCAAGUAAGUGUCACAUACUGUAGACAAAACAAUGAUUAACAUCACAAAUUCUGGUCCACACUGCAGCAUGUUUUGGUCAAAACCACCUUUUUAGGCUGAUAAAUCUGAGAUUUUUAGCAUUUUAUCAAUACUGCUCUACUCAAAUAUCAAGGCUCUUUUUUGGCAUCUAUAGACACUUUAGCACCAUGUAGUUCUAGGAUCUAGCCAGCAUGGUGGUUCCUAGAAAACCAGUUUCCACCUCUGGCUGUUUUCCAGGUUGCAUUUGCAUGGCUUUAUUCACAACAUUUACAAACGUCAACAACUGUUGAAUGGAGGACGUCAUCGAAAGAGCACGAAAAUCUGACUAAAUCUCUUAUGACUACUUGCAGUGUUGCAUAUCGAGACUGAGAAAAGAACACAGUGCUGCAGACAACAGAUUCACUGCCAAGAAGGUUGCAAAUCAUGCCAAAAUGUCAAGAAUCCAGUCACCUAGUUCCUAUCCAAAAGUGAUUAUUGUGGUAAAAGGGGACUUUUUGGAAAGAAAAUCCCUACCCACUUUGACUCCUGGAAAUUGUGAAACAAGAUGGUAGAAUCCCGCGAAUAUCUGACCCGUUAGAACGUCCUGGUCUGGUCAAGUCCUUUCCACCAUCACCUGCUCCGACUCUUCUAAAGAGCAGUAGAAUGGACGAGCAGAGGUGCUCUCUUCCACCUCCUCUCAAAACAGAGGAAGAUUACAUUCCAUAUCCCAGCGUCCAUGAGGUAUUGGGUCGUACAGGCCCUUUACCACUCAUUCUGCUGCCCCAGUUUGGGGGUUACUGGAUUGAAGGGACCAAUCAUGAUUUAGGCUCCUCCUCCACAGCAGAGGAACCGCCCCCUUGUCCCGCAUCACAGGUUAAACUGGAGACAAACAGCAUAGCCAAGAUCUACAGGAAGCACUUCCUGGGCAAGGAGCACUUUAAUUAUUACUCAGUGGACAGUGCUCUGGGCCACCUGGUCUUCUCGGUGAAGUAUGAUGUGAUUGGAGACCAGGAGCACCUUCGACUGUUGCUUAGGUCAAGAUUUAAAACCUACCAUGAUGUGAUACCAAUUUCUUGUCUGACCGAGUUCCCUAAUGUUGUGCAGAUGGCGAAGCUUGUCAGUGAAGAGGUGAAUGUGGACCGAUUUUAUCCCGUCUUAUACCCAAAGGCAUCCAGACUUAUUGUGACCUUUGAUGAGCACGUCAUCAGCAACAACUUCAAGUUUGGAGUCAUCUACCAGAAAUUUGCGCAGACAUCAGAAGAGGAACUAUUCGGAAACAAUGAGGAAAGUCCAGCUUUUGUUGAGUUUCUGGAGUUCUUGGGAGAGAAGAUUGAACUUCAUGAUUUUAAAGGCUUUCGUGGAGGCCUGGAUGUGACACAUGGUCAGACUGGAAUUGAGUCAGUCUACCACAACUUCCACAAUAAAGAGAUAAUGUUCCACGUGUCCACGAAGCUGCCAUACACUGAAGGUGAUUCCCAGCAGCUCCAGAGGAAGAGGCAUAUAGGAAAUGACAUUGUGGCCAUUGUGUUCCAAGAAGAAAAUACACCAUUUGUUCCCGAUAUGAUUGCAUCAAAUUUCCUUCACGCUUAUGUAGUGGUUCAAGUAGAGAACGCCUGCACUGAUAACGUCCUCUAUAAGGUAUCUGUUACGGCAAGAGAUGAUGUGCCUUUCUUUGGACCAGCCCUCCCAGACCCAGCUGUCUUUAAAAAGAGUCCAGAGUUUCAUGAGUUCCUCUUGACCAAACUGAUCAAUGCUGAAUAUUCCUGCUAUAAAGCAGAGAAGUUUGCCAAGCUGGAGGAGAGGACACGUUUUGCUCUGCUGGAGACUUUAUAUGAGGAGCUACACAUGAACAGCCAGUCCAUGAUGGGACUGGGAGGAGAUGAUGACAAACUGGAGAAUGGAGGAGGAGGCAGCAGUGGCUUCUUUGAGUCUUUCAAGCGAGUAAUCCGCAAUAGAAGUCAGUCUAUGGAUGCCAUGGGCCUCAGUAACAAGAAACCACACACCGUCUCCACGAGCCACAGCGGAAGCUUUACACACAACCCCCCAGACACCACCAAAACACCCGGCAUUUCCUUGAUUAUUCCCGGGAAAAGCCCAACCCGUAAGAAAUCUGGUCCAUUUAGUUCCAGGAGGAGCAGUGCCAUUGGGAUUGAGAACAUACAAGAAGUUCAAGAGAGAAGCAGUCGGGAUGUGUCCCCGAGUCCACAGAGGACAUCUGACGGUGGACACACCACUCAGGACCUCAGAUUAGACAACUCGUCCAGUCAGAGCUCACCUGAGAUGCAGAUCACUAAGAUUGGUUCGGCCCUGUGCUGUCGAGCUCCCUCGAUCCCAGAGUCUCAGGAUCUGUCUCGCUCCUCGUCCAAUGCCAGUAGCUUCACCAGUGUGGUGGAGGAGAACGAGCAGGAACAUGAAGCGACCGAGGACUAUGACACAGGACUGGAGAGUCUGUCUUCAGCCGGUACGCCUCACAAACGAGAUUCGUUUUCAUACAGCGGCGUGUGGUUGGAAGACGGCCCUGGCACUACUAGUCAGAGCAGUUCACACGGUCCCCUUCGACAGCAAUCUGAACCUCGUCCUAAAACAGAGAGACAGCACUCGAACUGCUAGCUGUCCUGUAGGCUGUAGAUGACUUCGUGGAUGUCCAUCAACAGCAUUUUCAUAAGCAGCCCUCUGCAGCGGACGCUCGAUGUGAGUCCUGAGAUGUGAGACACAGAUGUGAACAGCCUGGAGGCGUACCGUCGGGCAUGUGUGCAUCAGAGUAUCAGCGCGCUCUUGUAAGGACUCGACCCCCUUAUCUUCUAUCAUGUGGCUGUUGGUCUGUAGGCAAAAUAGCAAACCUGCCUGGCUUGUGUUGAAGGCAGAAGAAGAACAGAAGAGCUGCCAGCAGGCGACGAAUCACGCUUGAUUAUGGCCUUAUCAUAGGCUUGAUUGCUUUCUUUCUUUCUUUCUGUUCACAGUGGCCCUCAUUGUGUGGGUUUGGGUUUUAUUUGUCAUAUAUUUAUUUAUUUAUUGAGUAGUUCUUUUAGUAACGGGGGUGGUACGCUGUCACAAGCUUUUGGCAUCUUUCAGAAUAACAAAUGAGGUUCAACCUAAACCCAUCAUGCUUAAAAUACACAUGAACCUGCGAAGCACUGUAAAACACAUCUAUGUGUGGUUCUGUUUUGUCGCCUUUUGUGUAAUGAUGUAGAAAAAUGAAUCUAGGUAAACGUUAAAUACUGUUGUUCAGAGUAGUUCUCUAUCUUGUUGUAUCGAGCACCCAAGUCAUUUCCAGUCCCGUCCAAUAAAUGAAGCGUGGGCAUUAUAAUUUAUGAUCAAAUUAAUAGACCAGGUGUGAGAUGCUGUAUACUUUUUAAAUAGUAUUUAUUAAGAUUAUGCUGUUUUACUGAUCAACAUAUUUUGUAUGGCCACAGCUGUUUGUGGUCCGAUUGACACGUGUGUGAACUGUACGCUAAUGUAGUAGCCUCAUGUUUGUAGUUUUAAGUUUUAAAGCUAGCAGUGCAGAUUAAAUGUCUCUCAACUCCACUAUAUUGAAGUCCUGAAGACCUUUUAGUUUAUAUGACAGGUGAGCAAUAUGAAUGUAAAACUGGUGGAUAUGAAUUAUGGAAAACACUAGAUCAGACUAUAUUCAUCUGAUGCUUUAUGUUCAACAGCAGAUGUUGGGCAUUUUAUUUUGUUUUCAAACACAAAUGCGUGUUUCAUUGAUUACAAUCAAAAAUGCCCAUUUUAGAUUAGAUAAUCAAAAUAAUAUUUUAGCUUUUAAACAUAGCACUAUGGUGUUAAUGCUUUCCCAUUCAUCUCAGUGGCUUAUCGGAUACAAUUUUUAAUUUUUUGAGUCAGUCACUUGAGCCAUAAAUGUGAUGAAUUAUUUUGAGCAACUAUCCUAAGCUGCGACAUUAGAACAGAAAGUCAGUCACUGGCAAAAUAUCAAUGCUAAUUUCUGUGUGAUGCAUAUUUUAAAGAAUACUAUGGUAUCUCUAUCAUCAUUACCACAAUUUCAUGCCCAAAAACAUGAAAAUACCUAGGUUCUUUUUUGUAUGACUAAUUUCCAAAUUCGCUUCUUGUUUGAAGAGCUUUUUUUCUCAUAAAUAAUGCGGUUUGGAUGAUUUCAGGGGUGAUGCUUCUAAAUGUUUCUGGAAAAGUUAAAAUAUUUUAGGCUGGCUGAAUCCAUACUCGAGCUGUGUCAGUUCCCGAAGUCUCUGCUGAUUGGUCAAACUGUUCAUAAUGUGUUUGCACAUGCUAGAAACAUGAAGCACAAACUUGUUCCAAACAAACACCGACUGCUUUCUGCAAGUGAUUGUGUUCUCCUUUACAAGUGCUUAUUAUGCUACUUUUAUGAAAUGUUUCUCUGUAAAUAUAUUUUCUCCUUUUUUUGUAAUAAAACAAAAUAAAUUGUUUAAUAAAGAUCAGAA